AUGUCUUCUUCGGUAAAAACUCGCGACUCCGCACUAAAUGCUAUAAAAAGAUACAUGACAAAAAGCAAAGACGAAGCUUUUCUCAUGGACGUCGACACUGUAUCAAGCUAUUUACAACUCCUUAACGAGCAAUGGGUACGUUUCACCGCUGCUCAAGAUGAUGUUGAAACAUCUUGUGGAUCUGACAAUGUGGAAGUACAGGAGAACGCUCGCAUACAAGGUGAAACUUGGUAUGCUGAAGCUUUAGCCAACUUCAAACGGGUUCAAAAGUGUAGGGCGGAACCGCCCACGCAGCCUGCAGCUACGUCAGCGUCUGUGUCUGCUGCUAUACGUUUGCCCAAAAUGGAUUUACCAACCUUUUCGGGCGAUUCCACGGAUUGGGUCGCCUUCUAUGACGCCUUUUGUUCGUUGGUUGACACCAACACCGCUUUGUCAGAUGGGCAAAAAUUACAUUAUUUGCGCAGUUGCCUAAAAGGUGAUGCACUAAGCAUUAUUAGUGGCUUCAAAAUCUGUGAUGCAAACUACACAGAGGCGUGGGACUUGCUAAAAUCUCGCUAUAAAGUAAUGCGAGUUAUUGUUGAGGCACACCUCAGGGCGAUAGCUGACGUUCGCAAGGCUUCGGGUGACACUGCUGAUGCUAUUAAGGGUGUUCUCGAUGCAAUUCAGCAACACAUACGAGAGCUUAAAGCAUUAGGGCGUCCCGUAGACUUCUGGGACGAUUGUGGGAGUUAUCGCUUAUUAGCGAUGAACCCCCCCACCUUCGAACAACUGACAACGUUUCUGGAGAUUAGGUGCCGCUCAUUGGCAAUGAUUACCGCGCCUGCUCCGCAGGCAACAACUAUUAAGCCGACGACGCAUAAAUAUGCUGCGAAAUCAACAAAAGUAUUUCACGCAAUUCCAGAGCAAAACCCCGCGCGCUGCAUGUACUGCAAUGCAGCUCAUAAGAUCUACUCUUGCGACAAAUUUCGUAGUUUAGAUUUUACUGCAAAAUCUAAAUUUAUCAAAGAAUCCAAAGCUUGCUUGAAUUGUUUAAGUCCAGGGCAUUACAAAGAACGCUGUAAUAGCUCAUCCGCUUGCCGAAUAUGUCAUCAACGACACCAUACGCUGCUUCACAGUAAUACACAUUCACCCGUCGCCACAUCGGCUCAUGUCGUCGAUGCCAUCGCUGCCGCUUCGAAUCCCGCAUCUGUAAGCAACCAUGCAACUGGUUCAUCUGCCACCGCUUUAGCAGUGAAUAGCGCUGCUUCACACGUUUCGUCCUGCUUGAGUGCUGGUUCCAUUCCGCUACCUGCAACGCAAAAAUCAGUUAUAUUAUCUACCGCAUUAGUAAAGAUUCGAGACUGCGCUGGUCAUUGGCAGACAGCACGUUUAUUGUUCGACACCGGGUCGCACGCCUCUUUUGUAACGGAGGCAUGUGUACAGCGUUUGGGAUUAACACGUUCAUCGUCUUCUGUAUUUGUCACAGGAAUUUGUUCAUCGCAAGGCGGUCGCUGUAGAGGCGAAACGCUGCUCACGCUUUCGUCUAAUUGUUCGGAUAAAUGCUACGAUAUUACCGCGCUGAUUCUUCCGAAAAUCACCAACGAUUUGCCGACGCAGACCUUGAGUGUUUCUAGUUGGCCACAUAUCCAAGGCUUAUUCCUAGCUGAUCCAAAUUUCGCGAAGCCUGGCCGCAUAGACGUACUCGUAGGCAUGGAUGUAAUGGAUCAACUAAUCUGUGUGGAGCUUCGAAAAGGUCCGUCUGGCACGCCUAUGGCCCAGAAAACAGUUUUUGGCUGGACUUUAUUUGGAAACGUUGACAGUCUUGGUUCGCCAACGCCUAGUUUGCAAUCGCUGCAUUGUGAUGUGCAAUUAGAUCGAGCGCUCGCUAGGUUAUGGGAGCUCGAAGACUCGCCGCAGAAACAGCAUCUCACGCAUGAGGAAAACUUCUGCGAGAAUCACUUCAAUUCUACACAUCAAAGAAUGCCGGAUGGUCGCUUUGUGGUUGAACUACCGCUUAAACCUAAUACAGUAUUGGGUGAGUCACGAAACUUCGCAAUACGUAACCUGCUAUGCAUAGAACGAAGGCUCGCUAGCAACAGCGAUUUGCGCUUGCGCUACGAUGAGUUCAUGAGAGAGCUCAUUGACAUGGGUCACAUGGAGGAGGUGUUUGAAACGACGAGUGAGGUGUAUUAUAUGCCACACCACCCAGUCAUUAAAGAAUCCAGCGUUACGACCAAGCUGAGGGUAGUCUUCAACGCGUCCGCCAAACCCACCACGGGUAACUCGCUUAAUGACGCAUUGUUUGUUGGACCUCAGCUACAGCAAGAUUUAUAUUCUAUAUUGCUGCGCUUCAGAACGCAUCGCUACGCGGUAACCGCGGAUGUAGCUAAGAUGUAUCGGCAGGUGUGCGUUUCGUCGAAACACGUCGAUCUGCAACGAAUCGUUUGGCGUCCAGAUCCAUCUUCACCCAUUAGAGAUUACCGCAUGUUACGCGUAACGUACGGGGUGGCCGCCGCGUCUCACUUAGCUGUAAAAGCGUUGCAACAAACUGCUAAGUGCACAACUAAUGGGUGUAAGAAAGCGGUUGACGCGAUCCUCAAUGAUUUUUACAUGGAUGACCUGCUAACUGGAGCCUCUUGCAAGUCACAACUCCGGUUGCUUCAACAAAACGUAUCCGAAAUUCUUCAAGAAGGCGGCUUCGAACUAAGGAAGUGGGCAUCUAACUGCGCUGAGCUGAAAGAAAUCAUCUCCAAGUCAUCUCAAACUAUAUCCCAUUACAUAGUCGACGGUAAGGACGUUCAUGCGUUAGGCCUCAUUUGGAACAUAGAGGGCGACUACUUUACAUUCGCAGUCGACCUAAAGCAGCCUCCCGCUAUUUUGACUAAAAGAGCCUUUUUGUCAGAUGCCAGUAUUCUCUUUGAUCCGCUGGGCUUACUUGCUCCUGUGACAAUAUGCUCGAAAAUGUGGUUCCAAGACAUUUGGCGCGCUGAGGUUGGAUGGGAUGACUUCAUACCAGACGCAAUAGCAAAUCUAUGGGUUGAUCAUCGCGUGCAGCUGCAGAAACUAGUAGACUUGAAG